GAAUCUUCUUUGCGGGCGCCUUUUUGUGCCUUCUUUCUCCCCUUUGGGCUGGAGCUGGCUCCACCGCAGGCAGGCAGGAUGCCGAUUAACAAAUUGGAGAAGCCGGACAAUUCUGACAAUGUCAAGGUCGUUGUUCGUUGUCGGCCUUUCAAUGAACGAGAGAAAGUGAUGUGUUAUAAGAUGGCUGUUAAUGUGGAUGAGAUGAGAGGCACCAUUACUGUCCAUAAAACAGAUUCUUCCAAUGAACCUCCCAAGACAUUUACAUUUGAUACUGUUUUUGGACCAGAGAGCAAACAGCUUGAUGUGUAUAACUUAACUGCAAGGCCAAUUAUAGACUCUGUUCUGGAAGGAUAUAAUGGUACCAUUUUUGCUUAUGGACAGACAGGAACAGGAAAAACAUUUACUAUGGAAGGUGUCCGUGCCGUGCCAGAACUCAGGGGGAUCAUUCCGAAUUCAUUUGCUCAUGUCUUUGGGCACAUUGCAAAGGCAGAAGGAGAUACAAGGUUUUUGGUUCGAGUCUCUUACUUGGAAAUUUACAACGAGGAAGUGCGGGAUUUGCUUGGGAAGGAUCAGACACAGAGGCUAGAAGUUAAAGAACGACCUGAUGUUGGAGUCUAUAUCAAAGAUCUCUCAGCUUACGUUGUAAACAAUGCAGAUGAUAUGGAUAGGAUUAUGACACUUGGACACAAAAACCGAUCUGUUGGUGCCACUAAUAUGAAUGAGCACAGUUCCCGUUCCCAUGCUAUCUUUACAAUCACAAUUGAGUGCAGCGAAAAGGGCAUCGAUGGGAAUAUUCACGUUCGCAUGGGAAAGCUGCAUCUAGUAGAUCUUGCGGGAUCAGAAAGGCAAGCAAAAACUGGAGCCACUGGACAGCGACUGAAGGAAGCGACAAAAAUUAAUCUUUCUCUCUCCACCCUUGGGAAUGUGAUUUCUGCCUUGGUGGAUGGAAAGAGCACUCAUGUGCCUUAUCGUAACUCUAAGUUGACUCGACUGUUACAGGAUUCCCUUGGGGGUAACUCCAAAACCAUGAUGUGUGCAAACAUUGGCCCAGCAGACUACAAUUAUGAUGAGACUAUCAGCACUCUGCGAUAUGCCAACCGUGCCAAGAACAUCAAGAACAAGGCCAGAAUCAAUGAAGACCCUAAGGAUGCCUUGCUUCGCCAGUUUCAAAAAGAAAUUGAGGAGCUUAAGAAAAAGUUGGAGGAAGGGGAAGAGAUCUCUGGUUCUGAGACAAGUGGCUCUGAAGAUGACGAUGAAGAUGAUGAUGGGGAGAUCAGAGAGGAUGGAGAAAAGAGGAAGAAACGAAGGGGCAGUAGCAGCAGCAGUAGUUCAGACUCCACAUGCUCUGUCAUAGAGAAGCCUCUGGAUAAGUCCUUCACUAAUCAAGCAGGAAAGAAGAAGGUUUCCCCUGACAAGAUGAUAGAGAUGCAAGCAAAGAUUGAGGAAGAGAGGAAAGCCCUUGAAACAAAGCUUGACAUGGAAGAGGAAGAACGAAACAAAGCCAGGGCUGAACUUGAGAAGCGGGAGAAAGACCUGCUCAAAGCACAGCAAGAGCAUCAGUCUCUGCUGGAGAAGUUGUCAGCCCUGGAAAAGAAAGUAAUAGUGGGAGGUGUGGACUUGCUGGCAAAAGCAGAGGAACAGGAGAAGCUUCUAGAAGAAUCUAACAUGGAGCUUGAGGAACGAAGGAAAAGAGCAGAACAGCUGCGUAAGGAGCUUGAGGAGAAAGAGCAAGAGCGUUUGGACAUAGAGGAGAAGUACACCAGCCUUCAAGAGGAAGCCCAAGGGAAAACUAAGAAGCUGAAGAAGGUCUGGACAAUGCUAAUGGCUGCAAAGUCAGAGAUGGCAGAUCUGCAGCAAGAGCAUCAAAGAGAAAUUGAAGGCUUACUGGAGAACAUUCGACAGCUCAGCAGAGAACUUCGUCUUCAAAUGCUCAUCAUAGACAACUUUAUACCUCAAGACUAUCAGGAAAUGAUUGAAAACUAUGUUCAUUGGAAUGAAGACAUUGGAGAAUGGCAGUUGAAAUGUGUGGCAUAUACAGGAAAUAACAUGAGGAAACAGACUCCUGUGCCAGAUAAAAAAGAAAAAGAUCCCUUUGAGGUGGACCUUUCCCAUGUGUAUCUGGCUUAUACCGAGGAAAGCUUGAGACAGUCUCUGAUGAAGCUAGAGAGACCAAGAACUUCAAAAGGAAGAUCAAGGCCCAAAACUGGCAGGAGGAAACGGUCUGCCAAGCCCGGAGCUGUGAUUGAUUCAUUACUUCAGUAGACUCAAACAGUGGUGGGACUGCAAUAAAGAUGAGCUUACUGCUUGGCCAAAAUCUACAGAUCCUGAUCUCUGACGAUCAUUGAGGAAUUUAAUGUGAUAUUGACACAGAAGUAGCUAUGAAGGCCUGAAUUUGUGACAUGGAUACAACUCAAAAUGCCUCUGCCCUUAUGUCCUCUGUUACCAUAACAUAAUACAUUCAUUCUAAUCUGUAUAGUGAUUGUGAGCUUGUCAUUGUGGCUGAUGCUGCUCCAGGUGUUGUGCAAGAGAAUCUACUGGGAGGUAGCCUGUGUUAAAAGGAAAUGUAUAGGAAGAAGAAAUUUUGUGAGUGACUAUUUUAAUCAUAUUACCCUUGUUGUAAGUAGAUAAAUGGAAACUCACAUCCUGAGUCCUCUUUUACUUUGUGUAGUGUCCCUUGCUUUGUUCUACGUUGCACUAUUGUAGACGUCAUUAUUUUUAUUUAAGAGUGGCAACUGCAGAUUCAUGAGAUACUCUGGAUUCCCUAAAUAUCCUCUACAAACAUCUAUAUAAAUAACUUUCCAUUUCUUUUGCACGUAUACUGUAUGCAUAAACUUUGGCUUAGAUCUAUCAGAAGAUUGGUGAUUUGAGGGGAUUUCUGACUACAGUCAUGAUUUCCCUACUUCCCUCUCUUGCUCCAGCCCCAAAUGCUUCCAGAAAUGUUGCUCUUAGGGCACAAGGAAUACCCAGGAAUAGCAGGUAGGGGUACCCCCCCCCCCGCCCCAAGCACACAUGAAAAUUCUCUGGUAGAUCCAAGUCUUCAUACUGUAAAUUUAGGUGGCUCUGCAUUUGCCCAUGCCUAGAAGGCACGAAAUUAUUUGGAUUUAAAUUGUAGUCUGUAUCUUUCUUCAAAGGGGCCAUGCUUGAUUAUGGGAACAAUCCAUUUAGUAUAUCUGCUGUGUAACUUUCAUUCAUUUUAAUAUGGACCUAAAAGCUCCCAUUAAGGCUGUAUAGGAGCAGUAUGUUGGGGCUUGGAGUCAUUGUUCCCUUGCUCUGGAAAAAUGCAUCUUCACUUCAGCAGACUACGAGUGCUCUUUGCAGGAGUGGAGAAAGUGAUGCUUGUUUGCAGCAGGCUCCUAAAUUCCUAAAUGCUCAGAGACACCAAGAAGGAUCCAUGUUGUGUUUGCCUUGAGGCUUCAUAUGUUAUGUAGAGGCAGAGAGAGAAGCCAUAUAAAUGACUUCUGUUUCCUGAGAAGAAUUUGGGGAUGUUGCCUUAUGGUGGGAUCAGUGAGUCCCAAUGACAUCUGUGCACAGUGAUCAGCAAUCACCCUUCUUCCCUCCGCUUAUAGCUUAUUAUUAACUAACUUUCUGAGACUUAGUUUGACUGGAAAUGAAAUCAGUUUCUGAGUUUGUGUGUGUGUGUUUACUCUUGAACCUGUCAGAUUCCUGUUAACUAAAAUAAGUUUCUUUCUGGUUUUCCAUGAGAGCAUCUGCUGAUGUGUGUGGCUGUGGAAUAUUACUUGAGCCUUGAAAAUUGAAUGCUGUCGAUUUGCAGGAAGCUCAAAAACGUAUUUUAAAGGGUAAUGCCAUUUUAGAAGAAAGGCUCUGUUCUUUUUCAUCAAAUCAUCUAUUUGACUGGGAAAACAGAGCUUGGAAAUAAUGAGUCCAGUGCAAUUGUCUUGUAUUGCAUAGUUUCGCUAAAAGGAACGAUAGCAUCUCUCCAAGACAUCAAGAACUUCCUUUAUCUGCAAUUUUUGAAAGAAUUUAUGGAACAAGCAGUGGGGUUACACUGGUCAAGCUGCUUGGUGUGCUGGUGCUCUCUCAUCAGUAGAGUUUCCUUUUCCCACUUGCAGAUGCUUUUUGGCUUAUCCUUCCACUUCCCUGCUUGUUUUCCAAACCCAAACUCUUCUUGAACUGCGAUGCCACACACAAUAAUUUACAUGUAUUCCUUUUGUAGCAUGUACAUGAUGUGGUGAUUAAAAUGCACACUGUAAGAGACAAAGAUCUCUAAUGUUAACAUAAGCUGAUGGUGUGACUUAAAUUGUAAAAAUAAUUGACAGCUGAUGUGAUGUUAAAUGCUCCAAACAAAAUGGAGAUGUGUUUGUGCUAAGGAAAAAAAUGAAUGAAUUUGGCUGAGUCUUAGUCACUGUUGCUUUUAUAAAUUCAUUAACUACAGCUAAAGAACACUUGAAUACAAGUGUGAAGCAUAUAUAUGGACAGGUUAAAUGUUGUCCUUUUGAACAUCAGUGGACUGUAAUUCAGGUUUGCUGUAGCCCUUUCUAUUGAGAGGCAGGGUAAAUAUAGGGGUAACUUUGAAACACCAUUGGGUCCAGACACCAAAAAUGUGCUAUAUUGUGGGCUGAAGAAAAGCUUACAGCUGCAUAUUUUGUGGUAUGUGGUCAUAAAACCACUAAAAACUUAAUUAAAUGUCUAAAUUAGGUUAUGAAAAAAUUAACCUCAUGGGACUUUAAACUUACCUUGCUGUACUAUUGCUCUGAAUAUUCAUUUUUCAGUAACUCUGAAGAGGGAACAGACCUCUCAGCUGAAAUACACUCCAUCAUGGCAAAGUAUAGUGGCAUUUUCUAGCAGCCAGCUAAUCUGAAAUCCAUGAACCUAUAUGGUGGGUCCCCUCCUGGAUUUCACUGCAGUAUUUGGAGAUAGACCAACAUAUAGAACUGAGAUUGUUGAAACUUGUGAUACAGAACACAUUCCUAUUCUACCCUGCUGGGCUAGGUACACAAGAGCUUCCUCUUCUACUCAGUACGCUGUUGUAAUAAUCUGGGUAUCUGGCAGCCCAGUGGUGACUCCAGGGUAUGGGGACAUACACACUGAACAUGCCUGCUGUGUGCUAAAAUAUAGGUUGUAUAAUUGUGUUGAAAAACUGCGACACCUAAAAGUCAAGCAAAGGAAAUGCUGUUUGUAUACAUUCUCCUUUGAUACUACUGGAUUAGCUUAGUAUUUUUUUCUGAUGAGCUUUGUUUUGGAUAUUAAAUUACUUGUUGAGAAAUAGGAAACUUAAAAUUGUUCUGUUUUGAAAGCAUGUACUUAGCAGAUUUUUUUUUCAUUUGGAAAAUUUACUAUUUUAUAUGGCUUCUAGUUUAUGCCUAGGCCAUUUAUUUGGUCUUAAACACCCUCUAUAACAAAAUGCCCCUUUUAUUUUGUCUUUGAAAAAAAAGCUACUUUAAGCACCAUCUUAAGAAUUGCAGGAACUUCUGCAAAGGGAAGAAAAAUUACAGAUUGAACUCUUUCCCUGCUGUGUUGCUGCAGUGAUAGGUUAUGGCCAAUGCAGUACCAAAUAUAACACAUGGUAGGUUUCUCAUUAUCUUUUAACCACAUCUCCAGGCACGUGCCGCCUAUCUGCCUUGUAGUCUAAUUUUGUCCUUCACCCUACCAUGCCCUUCUGGGGGAUUCUGCUGCUGGCUCUUGCUUGCUAUAAAGCUGAUGAGGGGAGCAAGAUGGGGUCCAGUGAAAGUAUAUGGCAGCACAAUUUAGUGAUCUGUUGCGAUCCACACUUGGUGCGUGUUCUACUUUUCUCUCUCCGCUCCUUUCAAAUGAAUUUAAGAGAACUGGCCUAGUGUUUUCUCUUUAAAAUAUUGUUAGACUAACACACACAAACUAUUUAACUGGUUCUUGAAUUGCAAGAGGUAGAGGGGAAAUUGGUCUCUCUUAGUGCCUUUGCAAUCGGUUAUACAGUACUCUUAUACUUUCUAAAUUAGAGCAGUUGGUCGUCAAUCCAUGCCAUCAGUUCUGUAUAUAAGGGAGAAAAAUGGUCAAUGUACAAUUCACACGUAUUUAUUGUUUUGCUAGCUUUUUAGAGUUAACGUUUUGUUUUAUUGUAUUGUUGUAUACAAAUUGUAUUCCUUAUGUUGUAUAUGUAUAUAGUGGUAUAACAUCUCUACGUGGAGAUUGUUGAAGCCAAGAAAUAAAAGCCAUGGC